CUUUGACGUAUUAAAGGAGUUGGUAGGUUUUGGACAGCCUCACUCAUCAUCUGCACUGUAAAGAAACACAGAAUGCCGGCCACUGUCUAGGGCUUCAUUAUUUACUUCUUCUGUCUGUUUUUUCCUCUCUCCGUCAAUUUAAUUUCUUGAAGAAGCUUCAGAAGAAGAAGAAGAUCCAUUUUUGUUCUCCUUCCUCCCACCUUAAUUUAGUAGAGUAAUAAUGGCUUCCAAGGAUGAGGAGAGCAAGCCAUCUUUUUUCUUCUUCUUCCCUUCUUCUUCCUUCUGUUCUUCUCUCCUCUUCGGCUUCCGCUGCGUCGUCUUCGUCUCCCUCUGCUACCUCCUCUGGCUUCGCUUCCUCUUCCACACCUUCCCGCUGCUGGCUCCGACCCGGUCCGGUCGCAGCAGCCAGCUCGGCCGCUCGCCGCCCGCCACCUGCGACCCUUCCAUCGCGCGCUUCUACAUUCAUCGCCUCCACCCGCGCUUCAACGCCGACAUCGUCCAGCGCUGCCUCUCCCGCUACGCUUGCUGCGGAGUCGACUGUCCAGACGUCGGCCACUCGGGCCUCGGCCGCCCGCUCCUCCGUCUCACGGCCGACGCUGACGUCGAUCCCGACCUCACGUCCUGGUAUGCCACACACCCGCUCUCCGCCGAGGUCAUCUUUCACGCCCGUGUCGAGCGCCACCCCUGCCGCACCACCGACCCGGCCGCGGCGGAACUCUUCUACGUCCCCUUCUUCGCCGGCCUCCACGCCACUACCAGCUUCCGGCCGAAGAACAGAGACGCCCUCGCCGUCGAACUCGCCGAGCACCUCAACUCCCUCCCCGCCUUCCGCCGCCGCGGCGGCCGCGAUCACUUCCUCGUCGUCGGCCGUACCUCCUGGGAUUUCAUGCGGAAACCGGCCUGCCCUGAUUUCGGCGCCAACCAGGGCCUGCUCCUCCUCCCGGAGGUCGCCAACAUGACCGUCCUCACCGUGGAGCGCCAUCCCUGGGAGGGGCGCAACCAGUUCGGCAUCCCCUAUCCCUCCUACUUCCACCCGCGGACGGCGGAGGACGUAGCGGACUGGCAGGCGGAGCUUCGCCGGUUCGCCCGGACCCGGAGCUUCCUGUUCGCGUUCGUGGGCGGGUGGCAGCCCGGCUCGGAGAAGGCGGCGGUGCGGACCUCGCUCAUGGCCCAGUGCUGGAAGUCAAACCGGUGCCUACCGGUCCACUGCGAACCGAUCCUGCACAAGUGCGAUGACCCGGGCCGGAUCCUGGACGUGAUGCGCCGGGCUGACUUCUGCUUGCAACCCCCCGGUGAGUCCUUCACUCGGCGGUCCACCUUCGAAGCGAUCCUGGCCGGUUGCAUUCCGGUGUUCUUGUCCGAGCACUCUGCCUACUCGCAAUAUCAAUGGUACCUGCCGGCCCGACCGGAAGACUGGUCGGUCCUGUUGAAACCGGACCAAUGGGAUCGAGUCGAGGAAGUGCUAGCUCGGAUUCACAGAAAUGUGGUUGCAAAGAUGAGAGACACAGUGAUUGAGCUGAUUCCUAGGAUCUCCUACGCUCAUCCGGACUCAAGUGUAGGGUUUCAGGACGCGGUCAAUAUUGCUCUCAUUGAGCUCACCAAGCGAGUUCGAUCAAAUCAAGAUGGUUUGUGAAGAUAGUGUCAAUAGCCAAUAUUUCUCGUCUCUUCGAGUAUUCUGAACUAAAUGUAGGUUGGUGGGAAUGAAACAAGGGACAUCGAAGAUGAUGCAAGAACAGCGACUCUGGUAAACGGAGCUUCAAUUGGAAGAAUUCAUGGCUUUCUGAAUUCAUUUUGCAACUUGCAAGUACAACCAAGCAACAUGGAUAUAUAUAUUAUCAGCCAACAUAAACAGCAGCUUUAGGAGGAUUCUCUUGAAAAUCAGAUGCGUUUGGUCUUUCCCUAAAUCCUGCAGCUUUAAAUGCUUCAUUGUCUGGCCUUACAUUCAGCCUGAAAGCAAGAAAUGAAUGCCUAUGAAUCAAAAUUUAAUAUGAUAUUUUGCCUUAAUAUCCCA